AUGCAAAAACAAAAAUUUUAAUAAGUACCACUUGAUUAUAUUCAAAACCCUUAAUAAAUUGAAGAUUAUGAUGAAUUAGAUGAUUAAAAUGCAUAUAAAACAGAGGAGGUUGAAUAACAAAAUGUUGUACAUGAUUAAAAAGCUGAAUAAAUGUAUUGUGUUAUUGAUCUUUAGGAAGAAUUGUUUAUUAUCAAUAAGGAGAAAUUUACUUGAAUUUAAGGAAUUAGUGGACACAUUGAAUUAAAGGACAUAAAUAAUUUGCAAGCCAAUAAUAACAAAUGUAAAAGAUUUAAACUAAAAUUUAGAUUAAAGAAAGAGCAAAUGAUGAUUAAGCUAAAGCCUAUUUGUGUAAAUUGAGAACAUUAAAAACAAUUAAAAAGUCUUAUGGAUUAUCAAAUUUUUUACAAAAGACAACAGAGGAAGAAAAAAUGAUAGAAAAAUCACUCUAAAAAAUAUCAAAAGAGUUUUCAUUUUGUUCUUCAAAUUAAUUAAGAUUAUAUGCUAGAGCGUUCAAAUUCAAUUAAGAAGAUAAUUUUAUAUAUGCGAAUCUAUAUCAUGAUAGACUUAGCAAUUAAGCUCCUUAUUUAUUAUUAAUAAAAAAAGAUUGUUAAAUGGAAAUAUUAAAAGAUUAAUUGGAUAUUAAAGAUUAAUCAUUAAUAAUAGAUUUGAAGGGGCCUAAUUAAAGAUGGAUUUCUUUAUCUUAUAACACGAAUAGUAUUUAUGA